AAUGAGUAUAUGGAUUGAGCUGAGUGACAUAUUUUUAAGUCACUUAUGUUGGUUAAUAUAAGAUAAGAAUAAAAGUAGGAAAAUAGGAUUUCAUAUUCGGAAAAAUAAUACGUAAAGAUAAUUUUUUAUUAGUAUAAAUAAGAAACUAUACUUUUAGCGAUGGUGGUCCAUAUAAUGAAAAAGGUGAUUGGAAUAAAAAAGGAAGAUGGAUUGAAUUGAUAGAAGGGUUUAAAUUCUUAUUUAAUGGAAUUAAUGAUGACAUUUAUAGAAAUGGAUAGAAAGUUUGUAGGUGAAU